UUUACCAUAUGUCCUUGGUGGGCUGACUGGUGCCUGCAAUUUUCUCAGAAAAUGCCACACCUAUCAUUCUCUUCAAUCGAGGAACCCAACUGUUCAUCUUUCAUGGCGAUCCAACACCAGCAAACUAGUCUAUUUUUAUCACUUUCAGGCUCAAAAACUCCAACCCAAUUUCUUCCCUGAGUCCUGACCCUGAAACUAAUGAAAAAGCAAAAUGCUGUCUUUAUCUAAAGUCUAAACCAUUUUCAGAGCAUUUCUUUUUCACUUCCUUCUUUGUUAAAAACUUCUCGGGCUUCUGUUUUUUCUCUUCCAACUCCCAAUCUUAUCUUUGACAGCUCAACAGAUACAGAAUAAUACUGGUGGCAGACUGGCAGUUGUGACAGUGUAAUUUGGGGCAGUUUGUGUUGCUGGGAAGUGCUUUUUGCCAUCAUGCUCAAACAAAUUCUAAGCAAACUUCCGCGGAAGUCACAAAAAUCUGACUCAUUAGAUUCAGCUGGAAUUGAUUCUGGCAACCAUAAUUCUAACUCCAGCAACGGAGUUCAAUGUACAAAUAUUGGGAAUAGCAUAUCAAGUCGACUAAGUGUUGUUAAACGGGUGUCCUCAGCUGUUUUUCCUGCUAGCAUCAUGGCUGGAGUGGAGACGGUGGAGCCCAAUCUAUCUUUCAAGGAUGUUUCAAAUCCUCAGAAGCAGAACCUGUUUAUCAGUAAAUUGAAUCUGUGCUGUGAGGUUUCUGAUUUCAGUAAUCCAGAAAAAACUACUUCUGAGCAAGAUCUUAAACGCCAAACAUUGAUAGAGCUUGUUGAUUUUGUUUCUUCGGGGUCUGCAAAGUUCAACGAACCAGCAAUUGCUGCAGUGUGUAAAAUGUGUGCCAUUAACCUUUUCAGAGUUUUUCCACCUAAAUAUCGCUCUAAUAGCACUAGUGGUGAAGCAGAAGACGAUGAACCAACGUUUGAUCCUGCCUGGUACAGUUUGCAACUUGUAUAUGAUCUACUUCUUCAGUUUAUCAGUUAUAGUUCGCUUGAUGCAAAGGUGGCAAAAAAGUAUGUAGAUCAUUCUUUUAUUUUGAGAUUACUUGACCUUUUUGAGUCUGAGGACCCCCGGGAAAGAGACUGUUUGAAGACAAUUCUCCAUAGGAUUUAUGGGAAAUUCAUGGUGCACAGGCCCUUUGUGCGAAAAGCUGUUAGCAAUAUCAUAUAUCGAUUUGUUUUUGAAACUGAAAGGCAUAAGGGUAUUGCUGAACUCUUGGAGAUUUUUGGAAGUAUUAUUAGUGGGUUUGCUAUUCCAUUGAAGGAGGAGCACAAGAUGUUUUUGUGGAGAGCCCUUAUUCCUCUACACAAACCGAAAUCAGUGGGUGUUUAUCAUCAGCAAUUAACUUACUGUGUUGUACAGUUUAUAGAUAAGGAUCCGAAGUUAGCUAAUUGUGUGAUUAAGGGACUGUUAAAGUACUGGCCAAUUACAAAUAGCCAGAAGGAGUUGAUGUUUAUAAGUGAGUUAGAAGAAAUUUUGGAGAUGACCAGCAUGGUCGAGUUCCAAAAGAUCAUGGUUCCACUGUUUCGUCGUUUUGCAUGCUGCUUAAACAGCUUCCAUUACCAGGUAGCUGAACGAGCUCACUUGAUAUGGAACAAUGAGCACAUCCUUAAUCUCAUUACGCAUAACCGCCAGGUGAUUUUUCCUCUUAUCAUUCCUGCCCUUGAGCGGAAUUCCCUGAAUCAUUGGAACCAAGCAGUGCUUAACCUGACACAGAACAUAAGAAAGAUGUUAUGUGAGAUGGAUGAAGAGCUUGUGCUUGCCUGCCAGCGUAAGUUGGAGGAGGAAAACACCCAAUCCAUUGAGGCAGCUGAGAAGAGGAAACUAACAUGGGAACGCCUGGAAACUGCUGCCAGUUUCAAACCUUCAGCUGCUAACAUCACCCCUCCCUUAAAACCAGCCGCAUGCCCUGUUGCCUGUUAAUUACUCGAGCAACUGUGAACGAGAAAAGAAAGAAACAUGCAUAUAUAUAUAUAUAUAUAUAUGUAUGAAUGUAUAUAUCUAGCUGCUCUGAUUGCAGUGCUGGAUGUUGCUUCUUGAAUUUGGCCAAGUUUGUGAUUCAGUACGUAGGGUUUGUAUCUCAUGACCAAAAAUAGAUGAGGUUUGUAUCUAAAGCUAUAAUUGGUGUACUGAAGAUUAUUAGUGAUGCUACUGCCUCGAAGGAUUUUCAGGCACUGAGUUGUUGGGUUGCGAGUAAAUGUAUCGAUUUUGGGCUGCUUUUGUGUA